AUGUCUGCAUCCGGCUAUGUCAAAGGGCAAAUUACGAGAGCUGCCAAUGCUCUGAAGGAGAAGAUCACGGGCACGGAAACGACAAUGACCGAAAUCUUCAAUUUCGAGCAGCAGACCGGGAACUUUGGCGACAAACGAAUGGUAACAAAGUUCGCGACGCAGCUUUUGGAGGCUCAAGUCGGUUUGAGUCAUUGGAUGAACAACCUCACCAACGCCUGGAAGCGAGGCGAAGAGCACGCCAAACAGCUCGACGAAGAACAAACUCGCUACCAGCUACUUCAAGAACUCACGGACCACUGGGAAAAAUGUAGUGCAGAAAAGUUCAUGAUCAACGCGCAACUACUCACCCAGUCGACGGAAUACUUGAAGCAGACGAUGGAAGAGAGUUUGUCCAAUGAGACCAAACCCACUAAGGCUUACUCCAAGGAUAGUUCAGAAUUACAAGUUCAGUUACCGAGGUUGGAAAUACCGCAUUUCCAAGGGGAUAUGGUAGAGUUCCCAGAAUUCUGGGAGCUGUACAAGCUGGCAGUACAUGAUAAUACAUCACUAGGAGCGCCAGCAAAAUUCCUUCAUCUCAAAAGUGUUCUGAAGGGUACGGCAAAGGACCUCAUGGCCACGAUGACCUUGUCGGCGGAAAACUACCCGAAGGCCAUCGAACUUCUGCUUAAUACAUACAACAGACCGGACGUUCUGCGCAACAGGCUCAUCGACCAGCUGGAGGCACUGCCUCCCUCGGGAAAAGCCGUCACAGAACAACGUAUUACAUUAUGCAAAGUUAAGGCAAUAUGGGUCCAGCUUGCCAACCUAUCUGAGCAACCUGGCUCAACGAUGACAAUGAGGAUGGUAAGUCUCGAUCGCACGCAGUCCAAUAGUUCAAAUAGUCCAGUACGCUUCAAAAAACACACGCAAGGAAAAUCACGGAGGGAUAGCAGCACUGACUCCAACAGAGGCGCACAUUCGAAGCGGACCUUCCGUAGCAAGGACAAGCCCAAUAAUACAAAACAACAAAGGUGCAGUUUCUGUCUACAACCCAGACACAAAACUGCAAACUGCGAUGAGGUGACUUCUCCUUACGAACGAAGGGAAGCUGUAAUACAUAAUCGCCUAUGCUGGAAGUGUCUUAAGCCAGGACACAAGAGUCAGGACUGCGAGGCCCCGGCGUGCUACAGGUGCGGUCGAAACCAUCAUAAAUCCCUAUGUCUUCAGCGAAGAUCCUCAUUGAGUCCGAGAAGACCAGGUAGCCCAGGGAACAGAUACUACAGAAGGAAUAGUUCAGUCGACAGUUAUUCAUCGGAAGUAAGCAGGAGAAACAGGUCAAGGUCUUCUUCUCGAUCCCCGAGUCCAGACGAGAGAGGAAGAUCUCCUACGCGAAGAACAAGGCCUUAUCGUAGAGGAUCUCCCCAUCCGAAGGUCGGAUUCCGGAAUCAAGCAAGAACCUAUGCCUACUCUAAUUCAUCCCCUACUCCAAGCUCGGAUCGUAGCCAAUCCAAGCAUAUGGCGAACUCUGAACUAGAUUCCAGCUCAGAAGAGCUCGAAUCUACAGCUGUCCGCGUUAAUACAGUUAAUACAAAAGCUAUUAUAACUCAUACUUCAAACAAAAAGCAGAGGUCCAGUAAGGACAAAUUAAACAAAAUGCUUAGUCCACCGCAACUCAUGGUAGUUCAAGCACUGACAGUAAACAAAAAUACGAAGUCUAAGCAAGCCAUCACAGUCCUUCUUGACAGCGGCUCUCAACACAGCUACAUCAAGAAGGAGACUGCGGCAAACUUAGGCUUAAAGCUCAAGAAUCCGCAAAAUAUUACAGCCUUAACAUUUGGUGGCCAUCUACAUACGGAAAAGUCGUACCGUGUUGAAAUUAUACUCCAUAACAAAAAGAGUGGUCUCCCCACAAAACUCCACUUAUGGACACGCAAGGCAAUAACUUCCGUGGAGAUAAGUAAGAGCAGCAACAAGCUCGGCAACAACCACAAGGGUAAGACGACAGAAGUGGAAGUCGACGUUCUCAUAGGUAUGGAUUACUAUUGGGAUGUAGUCCACUUCAACUCGAGCCGUCAACUCCCGAGUGGCCUAGUCGAGUCGGAAACAACGCUCGGACCAGUUUUGUCGGGAUGCCAGUCUUCUACUUCAUCCAAAACGUGUACGGUUUCGGAGGCUAGCCCGGAAGAAGACAAUCAGUCCCACGAGACUGAUCGCAUAGGUUUCGUGGGAAACGUACCUAGAUUCAUUGCUGCCACAGGAGAAGCCAAGUAUGACUUGGUCAUCUUCUCAGAUGCCUCGCAAAGGGUCUACGCAGCGGUUGCAUACCUCGUAUGCAGACCGGUGAAAGGUACACCCUUCAGUAAUCUAAUAUUCGCCAAGGCAAAGUUGGCAGUGAUGAAGAAAACGUCUAUCCCAAGACUGGAACUCCUAGGUUCCGUCUUGGCGGCGAAGUUAGUCCGUUUCCUUCGAAAACAAAUCAAUAUCCCACUUAGUUCAGUACACCUCCUAUCAGACUCCCAGAUAGCUCUUUAUUGGAUACACUCCAAUAAACAGCUUAAAACUUUCGUCAACAAUAGGGUAAAGUACAUCAAGGAAGAAGAAUUCAGAUCUGCAAUUAAUACAUCAUCAGAUACUUACAAGUCAUUCAUUCCAUUCACUAGAACUAAUUCAUAUAAGAAACUAGUUCGUAUAGCUUCCUAUGUCCUUAAGUAUGUGGCUAUCCUCUGGCGAAGGACCAGGAAAAGCAGUUCGAGCGAAGAUACCAGCUUUAGGAUCCUCCACCUGAUGUCAGAAACGCAAACCAUUACGGCAAGCGAUAUGAAAGCAGCAGAAAUCCUCCUACUCCGCGAACAUUAUCGCGAAGAAGUGAUCGAGCUGCAAAGCCGCGUAGUUCAACGCCUCCGGAUAUCACUGGGCGAAGACGGCAUCUACCGUGGAGACCUGCGAAUGGCAAACGCAGAUAUUGCGGACUCUGCAAAGACUCCCGUCCUGCUUUUGCCAAAACAUCAACUCACCAGGUUGAUCGUCACAGACCUCCACGAAAAGUUAUUCCAUGCCGGAACCUCCCACCUGAUAUCUGAGCUUAGAAAUCACUACCUUAUUCCAAGGAUACGCCGCGUAGUCAAUAUCGUCAUUGGAAAGUGCGUGGUUUGCAAGAAACAUCAGGGACGAUCCUUCUCGUACCCUCGAAUUCCUGACCUGCCUAGCCAGAGAGUACUAAGGGUCUUGGAUUCGCACGAAGAAAUCAAUAGUUCAUAUGUACUACUACAAGAAACUCUUAAUACAUUUUGGGAUCACUGGCACAAGGAGUAUCUACAAAACCUCGCCGAACGAAAUCAAAAAAGAUUUCCUUCAAGGCAAGGUGCAAAAGAUAGUCCGAAUGUUGGUGAUGUAGUACUCAUAAAGACAGAGAAUACUCCAAGAUCCCAAUGGCCUCUUGGUCUGAUAGUACAAAUCUUUAGUUCAGCGGACGGAUCAAUUCGAUCAGUUAAAAUCAAAACAGGCAAUAACAAAUUCCUCGAUCGAUCCGUUAAUCAGCUGAUCCCUCUGGAAGUAUGCGCGUCGGAUGUGCAAAAUGUACUACAAUCAAAAAAGCAAAGUCAGCCGACUCGCAUCCAACCAGAGCGAAAAGCAAAGCAGAGAUAA